AUGAAAGAAUUAAAUUUAGACGAAAAAUUUAAUGAUGUUGCUGAUGCAUUGAUAGAUUCUUUACUGGUUAACAGUAAUAGACAGCAUUUGCUAAAGGAACAGAGUUUGCCAGCCAAAGAUAAUUAUUAUUCGUCCAACAGUAUUAAACGAUCCGGUAAAAUUAAUCCACCAAUAGUUAUUCGACCUGGAGAUAUCAUAUUUGGAAAUUUAGAUGGUGUUGUAUGUAUCCCUCGAAGAUUGUUAGAUAAAGUUGUUGAAAACUGUAAACCAGUUAAUACGAAGAUUGAUGCGAGACUGAAAGAAAAGUGA